AGCUGCAACAAAAAGGACAAGAGAAUGUAACCCAGAUUUAGGUUUAUUAAGCAGAAAAAGUUGGGACUCAUUUCAUUUCUGUCCUGCUUUUUUUUUCUCACCAAAAAGACAAAAAAUGGAAAGCAAUAAUAAUCAUAAAAUGUUCUCCCUUACAAUGAUGACAAUAUUAGUGUUCAUCAUCAUCAUCAUUACAGAUCAUAACAUGGGAAGCAGCAUUACAAAGGUGAAUGAUUCCUGGGAUGAAGCAGAGAAGAGUUUACGAGUUUAUGCUGAGAGAGACGAAUAUAAGAACAAAGCCAUUUUCGGGGCAGAUGACAGUGAGAUUAAAGAAGCUCAGGUGUUGGAAAGAUUCAGGGCUUUGCUUGGAUUAAGAAUCCUUCAUAAUAACAGAAUAAAACAAAGAGAUAAUGGAUCACCUGCACCUGCACCUUCUCCUUCACCGUUUUCUAUCGAAGCAAGUGCUCCAUCCCCUGCUCCGGUUCCUGCCCGAGCUCCGGUUCCUGCCCGAGCUCCGGCUACCCAUACACACUUGCGUCAUCAUCAUCAUCGACCACCUCGGCCUCGACCAAUGCUGCCAAUUCACAAGCUUGAUGAUAAUCAGAACCAAGGAAAUGGGACAAGGAAGAUAGUUACAGUAGCAGUAGUUGUUCCUACUGGAGUAGUGUUGUUGGUUUUCGCUCUUGGGGUGAUAUUUUGGUUUAGCCAUAAGAAGGUGGCUACAGGUACAGCUUCUGUAAGUAGUGACCAAGGAGGGAACAGAGCGGGAUCAAAGAGUGUAAAAGCUCAAAAUUUGGCAAGGAAGGUAACCCAUGACCUUAAUUCUGAUUUGUUUUACAUGGACACCUUAACUACUGUUUUAGAACCGCGAACAUGUAUCAAACAAAGUUUUGAUUGUUUAGACAAAUCAGUAGUAGAAAACAUGGGAAGCACAUCAUAUGAGAGAAAACAUUCAGAUUAUGAAGCUACACAAUUUGAGUCCAGAGAGAGCAGUUCUCUGGCAGAAGAGAUCAUAUCUGUUCAUGAGUAUUCAGGAUCUAGUAGAUAUGAAUCUGACGAUCAAAAGUCUUCAAAUGGUGAUAAAAUGGAUAGCAUUGAUAAACAUUCAUCCGAGGAUGAAUCUUUUCAUUCUUUGUGUGAUUCGCGUUCAUCUAGUAAUCGUAAUCUUCGGCUUUCUAAUGUAUCAUUUAGUAGUUUUAGUGAGCCGGUGGAAAUGUUCUCCCCAAACCGCAAUUUACCUUCAAACCCUCCUCAAUCAGCAUCAUCUAACCAAGAACAGCCAACUCAUAAGAUAGAAAAUGCUCUAAAUUGUCUGCCCAAUAACACAACACCAUCUUCAUCGCCUCCGCCUCCACCGCCACCACCUCCACCCCUGUUUUCACAUGUUUUUCCUUCAUUCAAAGCUUCUAACUCUUCCAAGGUGGUACAAACUUCAUCUUCAGAAACAGAGCAGACACCAGAAAAAGGUUUAGCUUCACCAUCACCAACCCCAAAGAUUUUAGAUGCUCCACGGAACAUCCCACCUCCUCCAUGUCCACCACCCUUCCUGAAUGGAAAGGCUAGCUCAUCUAAAACGCCCCCUCCUCCACCUGGGCCACCUCCAUCUACGCCACUGGGGAAAGAUGGCGCUCCACUGACAAAACUGAAACCGCUUCAUUGGGACAAAGUACGAGCUGCACCAGAUCGAUCUAUGGUGUGGGACCAGCUACGGUGUAGCUCAUUCGAGUUGGACGAGGAGAUGAUAGAAUCACUAUUUGGCUACAACCUGAAGACUGUAUUUAAGAAUGAUGAAGGAAGAAGCAAAAGCCCCUCUCCAAGCAAACAUGUUCUUGAGCCGAAAAGACUUCAGAACAUAACCAUACUCUCCAAAGCUCUCAAUACCACAUCUGAGAAGGUCUGUGAAGCACUAGAAAAAGGGGAAGGUUUAAGCUCACAGCAACUUGAGGCUCUGGUAAAGAUGGCACCAACAGAAGAAGAAGAAACGAAGCUAUCAAAUUAUAAGGGAGACAUAAAUGAACUUGGAUCAGCGGAGAAGCUAGUUAAAGAGAUGAUGACAAUACCCAAUGCCUUGCAAAGGAUUGAAGCAAUGCUUUAUAGAGCCACCUUUGAUGACGAGGUUGUGCACCUGAGGAAUUCAUUCCAAAUGCUUGAGGAAGCUUGCAAAGAACUGAGAUCAAGCAGGCUUUUCUUAAAACUACUAGAGGCUGUGCUUAAAACAGGAAAUAGAAUGAAUGUUGGAACAAUCAGAGGAGGGGCCAAAGCAUUUAAGCUCGAUGCACUCCUUAAGCUUGCAGAUGUCAAAGGCACAGACGGGAAAACGACUCUGCUUCAUUUUGUGGUACAAGAGAUGAUACGUGCUGAGGGAAUUCGCAUGUCAGACAGCAUUAUGGGGCAGAUAGACCGACACACUAAGAGUGGAACUAUAGAGGAAAAGGAAGAUCAUUAUAGAAGGAUGGGUCUAGAACUUGUGUCUGGUCUAAGCACUGAACUCUGCAAUGUGAAAAGAACAGCAUCGGUAGACUUGGAUGUUCUAGCAACAUCAGUUUCAAAUCUAUCAAAUGGAAUGUCUAAGUUACAGCAGCUGCUAAACAAGUAUCAAGCAAAAACAAAUGACAAUUUUGUCAAUGCGAUGAAGAUCUUCUUAAACCAUGCAGAAAAUAACUUAAAGAAGUUGCAAGCAGAGGAAAACAAGGUCCUUCAAAGUGUACGAGAGAUCACGGAAUACUAUCACGGUGAUGUGAGCAAGGAUGAGGCUAACCCACUUCGAAUCUUCGUGAUCGUACGGGAUUUCCUAGGAAUGUUAGAUCAAGUAUGUCGAGAGCUAAAAAGCUUGAAAAUCCCAAGAGCUUCAAGUCCUUUGGCUCCAUUUCGGUAAUAAAAGUGUUUGCUUGCCUUCAGAGUUGAUAGGUUAUCAACAACUUUUGCUUGUUAGAUAGGGAUUUGGGGUGCUUAGCCAUGAGUUGAUUCCACCACGUUGUGUAAUGAUAUCAAUAUCUAAUUUGGCAUGA